AUGAUCCCUAAGAACUACCAGCAUGUCCUGGCCUUUGUUUUUGCCAUUGAUGAGAUCAACAAGGACCCUGAAAUGUUACCCAACACCACGCUGGGAUACGAGAUUUAUGAGAAUGCGUUUAACUCAUGGCAAACGAUUAAGAACAUUAUGAAUCUUCUCUUUAAGAAAGAUCAGGAUCCCCCCAAUUACAACUGUGCCAGGAAAGAUAAAUUAAUGGCUGUUAUUGGUGGUCUUGUCUCUCAAACCUCCAUCCAGAUGGCCAAUGUCUUUCAUACAUACAAGUUACCACAGGUGCUGCCCAUUUCCACCUGUGUUGAGAGCUGCCACCCUGGACAGAGCAUGUUCGUCCAGCAGGGGAAGCAAAUGUGUUGCUAUGAUUGUUUUGAGUGCCCCGAAGGGAGGAUUUCAAUCCAGAUGGAUUCAGACCAAUGUGAGAUGUGCCCAGAAGAUCAGUAUCCAAAUAAGAACAAGGACCAAUGUAUCUCCAAAGAAAUAACCUACCUAUCUUAUGAGGAGCCCUUGGGAGUAGUUCUGGCAUCCUUAACUCUUUUCCUUUCAAUGAUCACAGUUAUUGUGAUUGGGAGCUUUGGUUUGCACUGGAACACUCCCAUCGUCAAAGCCAACAACUGGAGCAUCACGUGUACCUUGCUCUCCUCUCUGCUGCUCUGCUUCCUCUGCUCCUUCUUGUUCAUUGGGUGGCCUGGGAAAGUGACCUGCCUUCUGAGGCAAGCAGUGUUUGGCAUCGUCUUCUCCAUCGCUGUGGCUUCUGUGUUAGCGAAAACCAUCACUGUGGUUUUGGCUUUCAUGGCUACGAAGCCUGGAAACAGGAUGAGGAAAUGGGUUGGAAAGAAACUUGCUAUAUCAGUGAUAUUUUCUCUCUCUCUCAUUCAAAUUGUCAUCUGUGCUGUGUGGCUGUCAACUUGUCCUCCAUUCUCAGAGUUUGACAUGCACACCGAAGUUGAUGCAAUCCUAGUCCAAUGUAAUGAAGGCUCUGCCUUUAUGUUCUACCUUGUCCUGGGCUACAUGGGCUUUUUGGCCACCAUCAGCUUCAUUGUUGCUUUCUUUGCCAGGAAAUUGCCUGAUACUUUCAAUGAAGCCAAGCUGAUCACUUUCAGCAUGUUGGUCUUCUGCAGUGUUUGGGUGUCCUUUGUGCCCACCUACCUGAGCACCAAAGGGAAAUACAUGGUGGCUGUGGAGGUCUUCUCCAUCUUGGCCUCUGGCUCUGGCUUGUUGGGUUUUAUCUUUCUCCCUAAGUUUUACAUGAUUAUGCUGAGGCCUGAGCUAAACACCAGAGACCAGUUAGUAAGGAAAAAGAAUGGUUAG